AUGAGUCAGAAACGUGGCAACGCCAUGGAGGUGGCGAUCAUAUGUUUGGAGUCGGCGGAUAUGCGGGAUAAGCUUUUGAAAGGUGUUGGUGCUUUAGCAAAACUUGGCUUUUGUUUGAUGCAUGACAAAUCGCUUCUUGACUUUGCCGAUGCUACAUCGGAAGUGCGGUCCCUCAUGCGCAUAUUGGCUUGGCUUUCUAACCUUCAGAGCAUCUAUAGUUUGCUCAACAAGGAGCAGUGUGGCGUGCGCGACUUAAUUUUUCUUGUGCGUGUGGUUGGUGAGGGUGUCUUCAAAGCGGCUGACAACGUGGCGUUCCUUGGGAGGAAAGUCCAUGAGAACACACCAUUUUUCCAGAGAUUCAGUUAUGUCUCUUGUUUGGGCCUCUUUUGGGCCCACCUGGCAGCCGUCGCGCUCGCUCUUUUUGACAUUCGAUAUGAUCGUCUGUUUAGCAGCCGCAGAAAACAAUUUAUUAACCUCUUUCAGUGCACGUGUGAUCUCCUCACUGCGGCCGCUGGUGCUGCUGUUUUUGGAUUUGAAUUGAAUUUCAUUUGGUUUUCCCUGCUGACUCUGCUAAGCUCCUUUCUUGGGUGUGUGGAUGGUGUGCGGUCUGCCGCUAUUGUUGCCAGACGGCGUGGUGCGAGCAGAAAUAGAGAUUGA